AAAGCCCCUUGCUCUGUUAGGGUGUGUUAAUCUUCCUACCCAGCAGCCUGUGAAGAGACAGCUUGCCUGCUCCAUUGAGGAAGGGAAAAACAGAGGACCCACUGACUUGAAUUCCUAAACCAUUUUGCUGAAGCCACGAGGACCCCAUUCCCUGGUGAUUCCUUGCACUGACCAGACUGCGUGAUCCUCCCAAACACCAGCACACCAUGGCCAAGAGAGUUGCUGUGAUCGGCUCUGGCGUGAGCGGACUGACCUCCAUCAAGUGCUGCCUGGAUGAGGGACUGCAGCCCACCUGCUUCGAGAGAAGCAACGACAUCGGGGGGCUCUGGAGAUUCAAAGAAAAGGUAGAGGAAGGCAGAGCCAGUAUCUACCAAUCUGUAUUCACCAAUUCCUCCAAGGAGAUGUCGUGCUUCAGUGACUUUCCGAUGCCAGAACACUUUCCAAACUUCCUGCACAACACCAGAUUCCUGGAAUAUUUGAAACUGUACGCAAAGCGCUUUGAUCUUCUGAAAUACAUCAGGUUCAAGACCACAGUCAUCAGUGUAAGAAAAUGCCAGGAUUUCUCUACCACCGGCCAGUGGAUUAUUGUCACCGAGAGUGAUGGAAAGCAAGAAUCCACCAUGUUUGAUGCCGUUAUGGUGUGCAUGGGUCACCAUAUAGAAUCCUUUAUCCCAGUGCAGUCGUUUCCUGGUAUUGAAAAAUUCAAGGGCCAAUAUUUCCACAGCCGGGAGUACAAGAGCCCCGAAGGAUUUCAGGGGAAGACAGUCGUGGUGAUUGGAAUGGGGAACUCUGCAUCGGAUAUUGCCGUGGAGCUCUGUCAGAGAGCCAAACGGGUAUUCAUCAGCACCAGAGGAGGCUCAUGGGUAAUGAGCCGUGUCUACGACGACGGCUACCCUUGGGACACUGUAUUUCACACCCGAUUUAGCAAUCUGAUCAGAAGUGUCCUGCCUUGGCCCCUUUUGAAACAGGUGUAUGAACAGAAGAUGAACCAAUGGUUUAACCAUGAAAACUAUGGCUUGGUGCCUCAGAACAGAGCCCUGAUGAAAGAGCCAGUGUUCAAUGAUGACCUUCCAAGCCGCAUCCUCUGUGGCAGCGUGGUGGUGAAGCCCAUUGUGAAGGAGUUCACCGAAACCGCUGCCAUCUUUGAAGAUGGGACUAUGGAGGAGAACGUGGAUGUUGUCAUCUUCGCCACUGGCUACAGCUUCUCGUUCCCCUUCCUGGAGCAGUCAGUCAUCAAAGUGGAAAACAACGAGGUCGCGCUGUACAAACAUGUCUUCCCCCCUACGCUGGAGAAGCCAACGCUGGCUGUCAUUGGCCUCAUACAGCCGCUUGGGCCCAUCAUGCCAAAUGCAGAGCUGCAGGCUCGCUGGGCUACAAGAGUCUUUAAAGGGCUGACUGAGCUGCCCUCCGAGAACACCAUGAUGAUGGACAUUGUCAAGAGGAAAGAGAAGAGGAUCAAGUGGUUUGGUACCAGCCGCAGCCAGACAUUGCAAACCGAUCACAUUGAAUAUCUGGAUGAGCUCGCCGAGGGCUCAGAUGCAAGACCCAGAAUCCUUCCGCUGCUUCUGAAGGAUCCCAAACUGGCCCUGAUGAUUUACUUUGGCCCCUGCAGCCCCUUCCAGUUCCGCUUGACCGGCCCUGGGAAGUGGGAUGGAGCCAGAAAUGCCAUCCUGACCCAAAAGGCACGGAUCAUCAAACCCACAAGAACGCGAGUGGUGCACGACUCUUCAAACAACUACCUGGUUUCAUAUUUGCUUAAAAUCUUUGGUCUCAUUGCUCUCUUCGCUGCAAUUUUUGUUAGUCUCCAGUAGUCCUGAGCUCUGUCCUAUGUCAGGUCUCAGCAAUGUGAUGUGAUGCUCUGCCCUCUAUAGAAGUCUUUCCCUUAAAAAAUAACAACCUCCUUGCCAUAUACCAGUCCAUGGGUCUGAUCCAGAGAGGUGCUGAGCAUCUGCAGCUGCUGACUGGCACUAACUAACAUUGUGGCUGCUCAUCAUCACUUUUUAAAAUCGGCCCAUUUGAUUGGAGCUCUCUAGCAAAGCUAUGGGUUUAAGUCAGACUAGAUGGUUGGGUGGUCCCUUCUGGGCCUAAACUCUGCUCCCAUUUCAAUUAACAUGAGGUUGUGUUACUAAAUCCCUUAGGCAGCUUCACUUUGAUCUGUUGAUUUGGGCUCUGUUUAAAUGCCGAGGGUUUGUCUAUACACAAAAGUUGUACCCCUUUGACUGUACUGAUAUCAUUUUACCAGUACAACCCUCAGCGUUGACAUGACUUUAAUGAAAUAAGGCACCUUUUAUGCCACUAUUGCUGCUUCCUAUAUAUGGGAAGGGGAAUAAUCUAUACUGUUAUAACUGCCUCCACACUGGAGGUUGUACUGGUAUAACUAUUUUAGUAAACAGUUGCUCCCUUACCCAACAUAGUUAUACUGGUACAAAAGCUGGGAGUAGACUAGGCCUUAGUGUGAGAGACUGUUUCUGUUACUCCAAACCUCCCCAUUUCAUAUUUGAAAGCAAGAUCUGAAAUGACAGUAGGGGCAGAAACACAGACCAGUUUUUGCAAGCCAGCAAUUACAGACCAGGCCCUAUCAAUAUCUGUACAGACCAGGGCUUAUCAAUAUCUGUAAAGUGUGCUGUGUCCUUCUCCCUGCAAUGCAAGAAAGUGAGGCCUACCUUCUAAAGUUUCUAACUGUACAUUUAGUUUGGACCUAGAGUUGGACCUGAAGUGGAGCCUCAAUCAACCCCAGCCAACUUCAAUCAACCCAGUCAAGAAACCUCAGUCCACCCCAGUACUGAAAGAGGCUGGGUGGAGUUUUCAGAAGCACUCAGCUUUGGCCUAACUCUCUUCCCACCAAAGUCAAGGAUAAAACUCCCUUCCUGCACAAGCUAACUUCUCAAAGGCCUCACAAUCCAGGGCUGACGUCUUGGGAGUUCAGAGACCCAACUGAAGCUCAACUUCCACUUCAACCCCCAUUAGCUUUGUCUGUCAUAAAACACCUCAUUGACCAACAUACCAGGCGGCCCUCAUCACUGCAGCUCUCCAACACUUAGACAAACCAUUCGUGGGACUUACAGGGUAGCAAACCUGCCAAAUGCAUGGUGGGUGGGAUAACUCUUGUAAUCUAUUCUGGCCUUUCCAUGAUUCGUGCACAAUGUUGCCAGUUACUUGGCCUGCUGGGUAACUUGCUUCUCGUUUCCUGAGAAAAGAUACAACAACAGCUUGAGUCACUCAUCAACUAGCCUGUUAAUAAAAGGCCAGAUUCUCAGUUGAGAUAAACGGUAUCUGGCCCAAAGCCAUGGCAAAAGCUGUAUUUUUGUUAGUGUUGCAUUACUGAUUCUAUAGUCAAGACUGAGAUGGGAGGUUUUUUUCAGUACAAAUUUCUAUCUUUGGUUUCUCAUAAUGAAUUGUUUUCAGGCUCAAACUUGGCAAACUCCCAACUCAGUCUGAAAACAUAUUUUUGGCAAGCUUGAGAAAUGUCAGUUUGAUCUUUUUGUUUGUUUGUUUUUGUUAAUUACAGGAACAUAAAACACAAGUUCAUGUGAGUUCAAGAUGCAUCUUGAGAGACUCUAGUAAUUGAAAGCACUUGGUUUUAAAUGUAAAGACAGGGCUGAUGCAACCAUUUAGGCAAACUAGGCGGCCGCCUAGGGCGCCUAGUGGUUGGGGGCGCCUAAAAGCCCGCUCAGGCGAGCAGGUGAUCACCUCCACUCUGCCUCCUCCGCUGAGCACACAGCCCCCGUUCUAAGUCUCCUCCAAUCGGCGCCGCAAGCCUGGGAGGGGAGGAGAAUUAGAGUGGCGCUGCGUGCUCAGCGGAGGAGGCGGAGCCAAGGUGAACUGGAGUGGGCUCCCCAAGCGGGGUUAGCUGCCGCGGUGGGGGCUCCCCAGGCGGGGCUAGCUGCCGCAGGAGGAAGGGCUCCCCAGGCGGGGUUAGCUGCUGUGGAGGCGGGCUCCCCGGGCGGGGUUAGCUUCCGCGGA